AUGUCCACUUUCAAGAAUAUUCUCCCCAUCCUCCUCCUUGCUCUUCCUAUGGCCAUGGCAACUGUCGGUAGCGAUUAUCCUGAACCCCCAUCGGAUUCACAAGAACGAGAUUUCAAUACCGGACACAAGAGUUCUGUCACCAUUCCCGUAAUUAUCAGCGUGGUCAUCCUCGUGGUUUUCGUCAUUAUUCUAGUGACCUUGACGAUGCUCGGUUCACGGAGACGAAGAGAAAGACGCACGCAAUACGCGGGAAAGACGUAUAAUAGAUCGGGAGUGAAUGCGGCAGCUCCUCCUUAUAGUGUUGUGGAUGAUGUGAAUUUGCCGGCCUAUUCGUAUGCGCCGGCGAAUGGGGAAACGGUUUUUGCUCAGCAAUCAUCGGGAAUCGCACAGCCAGCUCCAGCACAUGUUUCGAAGGAUGUGGUUUGA